AUGCAGUUCGUCCGCCAGGUCAAGGCGCUGAAGCGUGAGUUUCCGGUGCUGCGCCACCUGGAAAGCUCCUACCACGUCCGUCAGGAGCGGGACGGCCUUCUGAUCGGGCCCUAUGAGCAUCCGGACCGCAUGAGUCUCUCCGAGGACUGGGUCCUGAGGGGCGUCCGGCCAGGGUUCGGUCGCGAACUGUUCCCGCCGGAUCUGGACCGUAUUGAGCCCAACCUAGAAAUGGCCAUGGAGCUGCUGCUCUGUUUUGCUGAGGCGAGCAUCCAGAGCGUGGUGAACGGGCCCAUCACCUACUCGCCGGACGUGCUGCCCAUGGUGGGCCCCACACUGCUGCCCAACAUGUGGGCCGCCGUCGGCUUCAGGUACGGUAUCGUGCACGGCGGCGGAGUGGGCAAGUUCCUGGCCGACUGGAUACAGCAGGGCGAGCCGCCGUAUGACCUGAUCGAGGUGGACCCAUGCCGCUACGGGCCCUGGACCACCGACAGCUACAGCCUGGCCAAGUGUCGCGAGAGCUACGGCAUGAACACAGCGCUGGGCCUGCCGCGUGAGGAGCGCUGGGCAGGUCGGCCCACCAGCCGGGUCAGCGGGGCUCACGCGCAGCUGGUGGCGCGCGGCGCCUCCAUGGAGCAGCACACCGGGUGGGAGCAGCCGGCGUGGUUUGCCGAGCCCGGCACCGAGCCCGAGUACAGGCCCAGCUUCCAGCGCACCAACUGGCACGAGCGGGUCGGCGACGAGUGCCGCACCGUCAUGGAGCGGGUCGGCGUCAUCGACAUCACGCCCUUCGCCAAGUUCUACCUCUCGGGUUCGGACGCCCGUGCACUUCUGGAGUACGCCACGGCGAACACGAUACCCGCCACCUGGAGGACCUGCGUCGCGCACUACUUGACCCCCGGCGGCAAGGUCAUGGCCGAGCUGACCCUGACCUCUCUCCCCGAUGAGAAGUUCCUCAUCAUCACCGGCACGGGCAGCGAGUUCCAUGACCUCAGCCACAACACCGGCCAGACCCUGGCCAAGGCGUACGUGCCGCCGUACCUGGCAGUCGCCAGCACCGAGGUGCAGGUCAAUGAAAGGGCGCGCGGCCCGCCGGCCAGAGACGCGCUGAAGCGCAAGGCCGCCAAGGCCAAGGCCAAGCAGAGACGGAGCCAGCCACACUGA